AUGGCGGUUUUGUGCGUCUGCAUGGUACUCCUGCGAUUCGCCCAAAAAUUGUCGGGGCCUGCCGCAAAUCGCUUUGCUAUCGACGACGGUCUCAUUAUCAUCUCGUUCCUCUGCCUCAUCACCAACAAUAUCAUCACUGAGAUGAAACUCAUAGGGAAUGGUAUGGGCAGGGACGUUUGGACGAUACCGUUUGACCAUAUCACUGAGUUCUUGAAGUUCUACUGGAUUGAAGAGAUACUCUACUUUUUCACCUCCACGACGUUGAAGUUGUCUUUCCUCUUCUUCUAUAAGCGUAUUUUCCCAGCACGCAACGUGCAGCGUGUUAUCUCGCUCACGAUAAUUUUCAACGUUCUGUGGGGUACUGCAUUUGUGAUCACUGCAGUGUUUCAGUGCUGGCCGGUAUCACAUCUCUGGGUGGCUUGGGACGGAGAGCAUGCGGGCCAUUGCAUUAGCAUCAACGCUGUGGCAUGGUCAAACGCGGCUACGGGUAUCUUUGUCGACUUAUGGAUGCUUGCGAUACCCAUAUCGCAGCUGAUCGAUCUUAAACUUUCGAGGACAAAGAAGUGGGGGGUUAUCUUGAUGUUCUGCCUGGGAACGCUCGCUACCAUCAUAUCAAUCAUUCGACUCCGUGCCCUCGUGGGGUUUGGUCAAUCGACGAACCCGACUUACGACCAAACUGACACCGCGAAAUGGUCAAUCGUCGAACUUACCGUAGGACUAGUCUGUUCUUGUCUGCCCUCUGUACGCUCGGUCCUUGUCCAAUCCCUGCCGUCCGUAUUCGGUUCCACUCAAGACAAAUCCACAGGCAAUCAGUACGGAGGCUCACGCAUCAAAGCGUCAAAGAACGGAAUCUUCAAUAUGAAAAGCUCGAGUAAGGGCGGCGAAGAUGACGUCGCUAUCCAUUGCACCACGAGUUUCGGGGCAACCCAAGACUCUAAGAGCGAAGACGAAGUGGAAUUGGUGUAUGUGAACAACCAUGUCAAAGGUGGAGAAGGAAGCAUGAGCACUUAG